CAGUGAGACAAAACUGAUAGUCUGUCUGGUUUCGAUGAACACAACGAAAAUGCUGUCUACACUUCAUACCCUUAUCACAGUCUCUCUGUUGGCAUUGUGUGAUGGCGUCAUGGAGACAGUGGUUGGUGUUGCAGGUAGGACGGUAUCUCUGACCUGCAGGUAUGACCUCGCUACCCUGGGUCUGACAGAGGUGUGCUGGGGGAGAGGAGCACAGCCGUCUCUCUUCGGCUGUGAGAACACAGUCAUUGCUACUAAUGGAGUAGAGGUGACCUACAGGAGGUCCAACAGACACAGGUUACCAGGGAAGCUUCGGAGUGGAGAUGUCUCUCUCACUAUCUACAACGUCGGAGAGGGAGACUCUGGGUUCUACCACUGCCGUGUGGCGCUAUCAGGACUGUUCAACGACCUGACGCAAACCGUUCAUUUAAUUGUUCGACAAGCACCUGUCGUACCAACUCUCAUCCCAACUGUCGUACCAACUGUCAUCCCAACAGUACCAGCCCAACUCCUGCCCAUCACAGACACACCUGGGUCCUCUGUUAUACCGGAAAAUAACAGACAAGCACUUGUCAUCCCAACUGUCAUCCCAACUAUUGUCCCAACCACGACAGAACAACCACUGCCCAUCACAGAAACAUCAGUGUCCCCUUACACACCAGUGAAGAGCACAGAAGGUGAGCAAGGUCCUGAUAUCCUUUAUGACUGCACUACAGGCCCAAUAAUAGGUCUUGUCAAGGGAAUUAAGCAGAAAAUGGCAUCUCCAUCUCUGGAAAGCUACAUAGGACACACUGUCCGAGUGGGAGCAAUCGCCUUCAUCCCUGGUCUGAUCCUAGCAGUUCUUCUUCGUCUGAGACGGUCCAGAAAUAGCCGAGUCAGAGGAGAACCUGCCAGUUCCUCCAGUGUCAUUAGCAGGAACCCUAGAGUGGAAAUACCCCUCAGUCACCAUGAUACAGAUGCCUGGAUCUAUGAUGCUCCUACAGAUGUAUAGACUCAUCAAAAUACAUGAUCAUGUAUACUAUUUCACUCAAUAAUUCAUAAAGUAUUGAGAGAACUAAAGCAAUUUAGCGUAGGCAUACUCAGUUCUUCAGUUUUUCAACACGUCGUGACAUUGCUAAUAUAGGACCACUCAUAAGAGGUUACUUAACACUGAGUUGCACCCCCCCCCCCACCUACUACUAUACCCUGUUU